CGUGGCAAAGGGACAAACAGAAUCAGACUAACGUUAUCUUAUCUCAUGCAUGCUAGAUUUUGUUGGCGAGUCUAAAACCUCAAGACUCUGAACUCACUCUCCUUGACCUGAAGCCUUAACUCCCACCGCAACCGCAACCACAACCGGCAGAUUAGAGAGCUGUACUGCUAUGCGCACGCAAGUGAAAAGGCUUCAAUCAUUCAAUGGGCUUUCUGUGAUUAGUGUCUUUGUAUGAUCAGGGUCAUGGCAACAACAUUCUGUAAUCUUCCCACGGGGCCUGGUCUCACAAAAUUGAAAGACUACCGUGUCUCUAAAAGACCUUAUCGAGGCUUCGCAACAUUGUCUUGUUUCUCCUGUAAUGCUCGAAAUGUUUUCCUUAGAAGAGAGGUAGAGGCCAGGCGGCAGUGGCGACAUCGUGGACAGGCUUUUGUCAACAAUAAGUCAGACUAUUAUUCUAACACCACCAUUCACCAAGAAGAGGAUAAGGAAGAAGCGGAUAUUUCUAAAGCAACCUUGACAUGGAGGGCGAUCAAGUUACCAAUAUACUCCGUUGCUUUGAUUCCUCUCACGGUAGGUAGCGCAGCUGCUUAUUUGCAGACAGGCAUGUUCUCAGCUCAGCGUUAUUCUAUUCUUUUGAUUUCGUCGGUUCUUAUCAUCACAUGGCUCAACUUAAGCAACGAUGUAUACGAUUUUGAUACAGGAGCAGACAUAAAUAAGAAAGAAUCAGUUGUAAAUCUGGUGGGCAGCCGUACAGGCACUCUUGUUUCUGCAUACUUGCUACUUGUUCUUGGCUUCUUGGGGCUUGCUUGGGUAUCUGUUAAGGGGAAUGUGCGUGCAAUAUUAUUACUCGGUUGUGCAGUCAUUUGUGGUUACAUAUAUCAGUGUCCACCAUUUCGGUUAAGUUACAAGGGAUUGGGAGAGCCAUUGUGUUUUGCAGCAUUUGGUCCAUUCGCUACCACCGGCUUUUAUUUAUUGCAGGGCAGCACAAGGGAAGUGAUCCAUCUUCCUUUCACCGGUUCAAUUCUCUCCGUAUCACUCCUUGUUGGCAUUACAACGGCCUUGAUCCUCUUCUGUAGUCACUUUCAUCAGAUCGAAGGAGACCGGGCUGUAGGAAAAAUAUCCCCUCUGGUUAGGCUUGGCACCGAAAGAGGAUCAGGGGUAGUGAAAUGGGCAGUAACAGGACUAUAUGUUCUUACUUUCACGUUCGGUUUGAGCAGCGCUCUUCCUUUUACUUGUCUCUUUCUCUGUUGCUUGACCUUACCAAUUGCAAGACUGGUGGUUAGCUAUGUUGAAGAAAACCACAAUGACAAGCAGAAGAUAUUCAUGGCGAAGUACUACUGUGUGAGAUUGCAUUCUUUGUUUGGAACUGCAUUGGCUGCUGGACUCGUUAUGUCGAGAAUGUUCCCUAAACUUAGCCUUUCCUCAGCGUUUGGAUUGUCAUGAAGUUUUGCAAUCGCAGAGUCUGUUGUGUACGUACGAAUAUGCUUUAGUUUGUUGAGUGGCAGAUCUAGAAUAACAUGGUCUUUGGGAAAACAAGCAUGUUUUUCCUCACGACAGAUAAUUACACUAAAUUUAUCUGAAUUACGAGGGGAGAAUCAUUUUUUAA